AUGGACGAAAAAUACAUCGACGAUGAUGCCCAGCUGGCUCAGAUGGGCCACAAGUCUGAGCUGAAGCGGCACUUCUCAUUGCUGUCGAUGCUGGGUCUUGCUUUCGCCAUUCUCAACUCAUGGACCGCGCUAUCAGCCAGUCUGUCUCUCAGUCUACCCUCCGGAGGUAGCGCCAGUGUUGUUUGGGGCCUGGUGACUGCUGGUAUUUGCAAUUUGUGCAUGGCCGCUUCUCUUGCCGAGUUCCUUUCAGCCUAUCCUACUGCUGGAGGCCAAUACCACUGGGUUGCUGUUAUUUCUUGGGAGCGUUGGAUGCCAAUUCUAUCCUGGAUCACGGGAUGGGUUAACUGCUCUGGCUGGGUUGCCCUGGUGGCUACCGGAGGCUUGCUCGGCAGCCAGCUGGUUCUGGGAGUCAUUUCACUGAUGAACCCGGACUACGAGGCCCAGCGCUGGCACCAGUUCUUGAUUUAUGUUGCCUACAAUCUCGCCGGUUUCGCGAUCAACGGUCUCAUGAACAGAAUCCUCCCUCACUUCAACAAGGCUGCCUUUAUCUGGUCGCUUACUGGAUUUGCCGUUAUUUGCAUUACUGUUCUCGCGUGUGCUGCGCCGAACUAUAACUCGGGAGACUUCGUCUUCCGCGAGUUCCUAAACGAGACUGGCUGGCCUGAUGGUAUUGCCUGGUUGCUCGGACUGCUGCAAGGUGGUCUUGGUGUGACUGGUUUCGAUGGCGUCGCCCAUAUGAUUGAGGAAAUCCCCAACCCUUCGGUGGAAGGUCCCAAGAUUAUGAUUGCCUGUGUUGGUAUUGGUACCGUGACUGGAACUAUCUUCCUCGUCGUUCUGCUCUUCGUCGCGGGCAACAUCAACGAUAUUAUCGAGUCUUCGGCCGGUCCUCUCCUGGCUAUCCUGAAGAACGCCACCCAAAACAACGCUGGUGCUAUCUGCCUGUUGAUCUUCCCUCUCGUCUGCAUGCUGUUUGCGACAACCGCUAUCAUGACGACUAGUAGUCGUAUGUGCUACGCAUUUGCCCGAGAUGGCGGCCUUCCAUUCUCGCGCUUCUUCUCAAAGGUGCACCCCAAGUUGAAGGUGCCUUUGAACUCGCUCAUCCUCAACCUGGCUCUUGUUAUCGUUUUUGGCCUCAUUUUCCUGGGCUCCAGCAGUGCCUUCAAUGCCAUUGUGUCUUCGUCCGUCGUCUUGCUGGACCUUGCCUAUGGUAUUCCCAUCGCCAUCAACUGCAUCCGUGGACGCAACACCCUUCCCGAGCGGGCCUUUGUUCUUCCCAACUGGUUUGGCUGGAUUUUGAACAUUAUCUCGCUCGUCAACAUGAACUACUGUGUUGCCGCCUUCGGCAUUGUCUUCGUCAUUUCGACCAUUACCUGGAUCGUCGAUGGCCGUAAGAACUAUGUCGGACCCCGAAUCGAGGUGGAAGUGCUCUCUGGACAGGCUGGUGAAAAUGCGGAUCACGCACCAAUCCCCAUGGUCGAACAGAAGGCUUAG